CUGGAGAAUAGAUGUGCGCGCGUCAUGUAUCCGUCUCUAUACUGCUCGCUUAUGGAUCAUAUAGUGAUGCGAUGUGCUGGAGUCCUCCACAAGCCUCCGUCGAUGGAUCUGGAGUAACAGCACUGGCCUCAGAUGCACUGACGCGUUUGUCGGAGUGGUUUGCCAGGGCAUUGGCAUGGCCUAGUAAUGAAUGGUGACGGGGCUCCCAGCAGCCCGGAGCACUCCUCCUGCACGCUGCCCGACUGGAAGGAGUUCUGUGAGCUUCACGCUCGAGCCUCCGCCGCCGAUUUUGCCUACAAGUUCCGGCGGUUCAUCAGCGAGAACCCAUGCUACGACGCGCCCGGUGCUGACGCCAGCUUCUCGCAACACUUUGCUCAACACUUCUUGACCUGCUUCUCUGCCGCCCUUGACCAAGGUCCCGGCUCCCCGGGAGACUCCUCCGCUCCGAAGUACAGCAUCGUGCCCUUUGUGGGCCUACAGAGCUGCACGCUGCCCUUCAGUCACGACCUCUACCAUCGACGCAAAGACGUGGGGGCCUCGAGCGAAUCGCUGGAUAGCAUGGACAGCGGAGGGGGCGGAGCCAGCGGAAAGGGACAGCAGACCCCCACCCGUAAGAUGGCAACCGUGAGCCAAUCCAGGAGUUCGGAGGAUGUGUCAUUGGGGCGACGCAAGGCUCGCUUCAAGAAGGGCUUUUCCCUCCGCAACAUGAGUCUGAGCGUGGUGGACGGGGUGAAGGAGAUCUGGCACCGCAGGGCCUCUCCAGAACCAGACCCCUCGGGGAGCUCCAGGAGGACCAUUGGAGCCGAGUCCGUGGGGCCCGAACACUGGAGCCAGAAGCUGCGGCUGCCACGGGGCUCUCAGGGCCAUAAGGCGGAGCUGUUGGAGAUCCAGAGGGAGGGUGUGCUCCGAUACAUGGUGGCCGAUGACACUAACUGUAUGGGGGCGGCACAGUGGCAGAAAUGCAGGUUGCUGUUGAGGAAGACUGCCGUGCAUAUGGACGAAGGAGAGAAGUUCCAGCUUGAGUUCUACGUUCCACCAAAGGUAGAAGAGCACUGUGAUAAAACUCUUUAUUAUGGCGCACGGAGUCACGGUCUGUUUGUGAUCCGCCAGAGUGAGACGCGUCCUGGAGAAUACGUCCUCACCUUCAACUUCCAGGGCAAAGCCAAGCACCUGCGGUUGUCUGUGAAUGACAGCGGUCAGUGUCACGUUCAUCACCUGUGGUUCCAGACGGUGGCUGAUAUGUUACAGCACUUCCACGCUCACCCCAUCCCUCUGGAGUCCGGCGGCUCCACAGACAUCACGCUACGCUCAUACGUACAAGUCCAGCGCUCGCCCACAGAUGUGGCUCCUCAGACGCCAGCUGCCCCGCGGGACUCCUCCGUCUGUGGGGCCGAACCCCAGCUCUCCAGCGCAGCUCCUCCGUCAGACACAGUGCUGUCCUCCAGCUCGUCCUCGUCUCCGAUGGCUCAGCCGAGCGCCGGCCUCCACAGCCGCAGCAGCAGCGCAGAGAGACUGCUGGAGCCCGGGGCCGCCGGGGCCGACGACUACCACGAGAGCGACGGCACGCGGCAGACUCGAGCCGUGGAGAACCAGUACUCCUUCUACUGACGCUGCUGCUGCUGCGCUUCAUGAGAGACGAGAGCUUUCACUGUUACAGCACACUCCAAACUGAUCAGGUGUCUGAGUGUUUCCCUUUGUGUUGUUUCUGAUUUAAUGCGUGCGAUUUACUCAUGUUUAGUACUGAUAAAUAUCUCUCC